AUGAGGGAAGAGCAACUGAAGCUAAGUAAAGAUACUGAGAAUUCAGAGCUACAGGUUUUGCUCCAAACAACCACUAAUAAUCUUGCUCAGAAGGAAAAAGAAUAUCAAUUGCAAAAGGCAGAGAUUACGAAGUUACAGGAAGAAAAAGAGAAGGCCAAACAGUAUAGAUCAGUUUUAGAGAAGUUAGAAAUAGAGAAAGGACAGCUUGAAAAGAAAGUGUCAGAGAUGAAUACAAAUGUUGCUGAAUCGCAAGCAAAUGCAAACAGUACUGAUUCUUCAUAUCACAAACUUGUUGAAGAAAAAGAAUUAGCUCAAAGUCAAAUUGAUUUUCUUAACUCUGUGAUUGUGGACAUGCAACAGAAAAAUAAUGCUCUAAAAACUCGACUUGAAAUACUAGAAAUGGGUAUUCUACCUAGUGAUGCAAAUGAUCUCAUUGAGGAGGGAAUUACGAAAAGGGUAGUGCCACCCCGAUUAUUCUGUGAUAUAUGCGAUCAGUUUGAUCUUCACGACACAGAAGAUUGUCCUCGUCAGGCCCAAGGGUCACCCACUCCACCAACUUCAAAUAAUAAACACACAGUAGGAUCUCGGGCAAUUACCCAGGACAGACCUUAUUGUGAUAUCUGUGAAACAUUUGGACAUAACACUGAGGACUGUGAUGAUGCAGAAACUUUUUAAGUUCAAGCUGAUUUCUGUGGACACCUUUUUGCAGUUUUAAAUUUAAUGAAUUACUGUAACUAUUACAUGUGACAAUGUUACACAUCUUGCAUUAUAUAUAAUGACCUAUUUUUGUAUGAAAUGUACAUACUGAAAAAUGGUGGUGUAGUUUUAUACACAAUAUCAGGACAGAAUGUAAUUUGAUCACAAAGUUUCUAAAACUAUGUGGAAAUGUGUUGCUUGGCUGUACACAAUUUUUAUGUAUAUCUGACAUUUUCUACUCGUCUAGAAUCUUGAAAUUGCUCUUGUUUAUGAGCAUCAAAACUCCUUUACAUUGUGUACCUGUUCACUUUCUAAUUAACUUGUACUGUACAGAUUCGUUAAUUAUGUAAUUUAUGCAUUAGACUAUAACUUAUUGAAAAUGUACAGUAGUUCCUGUGAUGUAUAUUUAUGUGAAAUGUGAUAGAUUAAAAGUAAAGAUCUUCCAUAUUUAUAUCAUAUGAAGUGUUGACAAAGCAGGGUUUUACAUAAACGUCUGAUAUUAAUAACAAUAAUAAUGGGAAGAAAUGCAAUUUUUUUAAUGCUAAUAAUUAUUGAGAGUAAGAAAACAUAGACCUGAGUUUCCAUUAAUUUAAUGUAAAGAAAUGCAGCUCUAAAAGUUAAAAAUUAUAUUUCAUAAAUUAUUUUACUAAGUCAUGUUAUAAUGUUGCCUUGUUGAAUUUUAGUUUGUUAGUUGUAAUAAAUUAUUGCUAUUUAGUAGUUAAUAUACAUUAAUUAUUUAUGUAGAGCUUUUGUAGGAUAGAAAUAUCACAGGCAUCAGGCUUUAUUGCACAUAGGCCUGAAAAUUUCCUGCUGCCUAGUUUUUAAACUUUUAUGUUGAAUACUUUAUGUCAGGAGACUAUUGUAUAUAACUGAAUUUAAUUUGACCUGCUAUGACUUCUAAAAUUGCAGGAAAGAAGUAUGAUGUUGCUGCUAUAACUCUUCAAUAUAUACGUAUCUGCAUGAAAUGUGUGUUUCAAUUUGUUUAUUUAGUAAACAAUAUAUUUUCUCCUGUUCGACAAUUACAAUAAGGGAAAUGUACAAUUUUUUGAUUUAAAAAUAAAAGGGUUUUUUUGAAAAUGGGA